UCGAUUAGAGUUUAAAAACUUGGGCUCUAAUUGGGGUUUAAUUGUGGUGUAGUUUCGUGCGAGUCAUAGCAAAGCUAUGUCCCUUCAUGCAACGAGUAUAGAGAAACAAUCAUAGAAGAGGGAUGCACCAAAUGGUCUUCUUAGAUAGCAAAGAUGGCUAGAGAGAAGAAAUAAGAAGGAAAACUUCAGCUCUAGGGAUUCAAACAUUGGAUCAAGAAACCCUUUUGCUUCUUCGUCCUCAUUAUUCUUUCUCGAUGCAUCAUCUUCGUCUGAAUUAUUCUAUAAUUCCAGUACUCUUAAAUCAUCCUUCCGUACGAGGGAGAGAAUAAACAAUUAGGGCAUGGAUUUUAAUGGAGAAGAAGAGGGGUUUGAAAUUUCAAUUGGAGAAGGAAGCCAGAAGGAGGAGAGGAGAGAGGGAUAGGGAUAAGAUGGAGAGAGAGAGACGGAGGGAGGGGACGGUUGCAAGCAGCUUUGGUAGGGAUGGCAAUGGGUCAGGUUGGGUCGGGUUUUGUCAAACCUAAAUCCAAACCCAAACCCAUGGGUUUAUCCGUGAAAAAAACCCGGGGUAAAAUUCACUGGGUUUGAAAAAAUCAAACCAAACCCAACCCGCUGGGUAUUGUCACGGCCCGAAACGUCGUGACCGUGUUGAUCGUUUGAAGAACAUGACCAUCUGGUCGUCUUGCCACGAGAGGGGUAAAGGGGUCGACAUUAGAGAUAAGGCAUUGUCUGCCUGUGCAUAGUUCUAGCCGAGUCAGGAUGUGGCUAUGAAGGGGAUCGUUGCAAGAGAAGGCACAACUGGUCGGAGGCUAUUGCCGUCUCCCUGAUGAGCCCAAGGAAGGUUGAAACCAGUUGGCAUGCGUAUGCAGAGAGGCUGGUCUUGAGGAAGGAGUGCACCUCAAGACGCCGCACAGACUUCAGAAGUCUAUGUCCGUGACAAGUGGUAUCGGAACCUGGUUAGGCUGAAGAGCCUAGUUCCUUUUUCAGUAUGACAUAUCUCGAGUAUGGGACGAACCUAUGCCCGAAUGAGAGGCGGUCGUGGGUGUGCAUAUCAGGCGGUCCGGACGCAGAUUCACAUGUGUUGCGCGUUGUGGGGGACCUCGACAGGCUGAAGAUGCAGCAACCGAGAAUGUCAUUCAACCGAGGAACUAACGCUAGCUAGAGCGUAGGGUGAAGGUCGAUUGAGGUACAAACGCUGGGAGUAUCGUAGGGUGAAGGUCGACUGAGGUACUAGCGCAGUAGAAGCAAAGAGUGAAGGUUGAUGUCGAGGCGAAGCGGUAUGUGCACGGGGCACAGCAGGCUAGCGCGAGAGACGCGACCGGAGCUUGUCCAUCAGAGGAUGAUAUCGUAUGCGGACGCCCACAAUCGGUUCAAGUGUUGCAAUACAUGCUGCGGAGAGAAGCAUUCUUCACCAGCACGAGGAUGUGCUGCAUUAUAAGUGGUGGAGAAUGUCACGACCCGAAAUGUCGUGACCGUGUUGAUCGUCUGAAGAACGCUGCCAUCUGGUCGUCUUGCCACGAGAGGGGUAAAGGGGGCGACAUUAGCGAUAAGACGUUGUCUGCCUGUGCAUCGUUCUGGCCGAGUCAGGAUGUGGCUGUGAAGGGGAUCAUUGCAAGAGAAGGCACAACUGGUCGAAGUCUAUGUCCGUGACAGUAUCCGCGAGUUCAUGGGUACCCAUGGUUUUUUUGUCCUAAAAAAUUUACAAUAACAAGUUCCUAUCAAAAUAAAAGUCAAAUAUCAAUCUCUCAAUACAAAUUAUCCAUAUAUAAAACACCAUUCUAGAAAAUUCAAGCAAAUCAGAAAUUAAUCAUACAAAUUGUUCAACACCAAUCUAGAAAACUCAAGAAAAUUGAAGCAAAUCACAAAUUAACCAUAAACAACAUGAUUAAUUGAAAGCGUCUUCAUUAUACACAAUUAGAAAGAAAAAAUUAGACAUGUCUCCACAAACAUAAAAAAGAUGAGUUGUUUAGAAUAUUAAAUGUACCGGAAAAAUUAAUUAUAUGAGUGUGGGCGGGUACCCGUGGGGCGGGUUUACCUAAACCCAAACCCAACCCCGGUGAAUAGUGAACGGGUUUAAGCCCAAACCUUGUUAACACGGGUUUUACCCAUGUUGACCAGGUUGGGUACCCGCGGGUUCGGGUUUUGUUGCCAUCCCUAAACAUUGGGUUGGGGUUACGGGAUGGAAAUGAAUUGUUAAUUCAAUU